AUGGGUAACAAUCUUUCUAAAAGCUCCUUAGGUGAUGAAGCUUGGUCUUGGUUAACAAACAUAAGUAGAGAAAAAUGGGCAAAACAGUUAAUUAAAGAUUUCACAGAACACUUCAGGGAAGAUAGUAGAACCACCUCACUGUCGGCCAAUUCCAAUAGUGACGUUAUAGGAUGCAGUAGCAUUACUUUGAACGAUAUACAUAAUGAGAAUGGAGUUUAUCAAGGGAAUGGAGCUUCAAAACCAAAAACAAAUUCUUUCAAUAAUGUUAAUUACCCUAGCAGAAAAGAUUACGAUGAUGGAACUGAAUGUGUUCGGUCACCCAACAACAGUAAAUAUAAUGAUAUCAGCGGAAAAAGGUAUGGUGGAAGAGAACAAUCGCUAAAUAGCAAAUACGAGGAAGAGCCGAUGACACUGUGUCGUUUUGUGGUCCCAAACAUUCAAUCUGCGCAAGAAACAGUUCCGAAGACAAUGUCCCAAGUGCCAAAAAGUGAAAAGCAGGAUGAAUCUCAAGAAAGUUGCUAUAAUCCGAAGAAUCCGCUCAUGAUUGUUGAAAUAAUCGCAAAUAAAAAAGAUCGUAAACGUGUUACAAAUUAUCUUAACUAUGAUAUCGAACGUGGAGAUACUUCUACUUGUAUAUGUUAUAUGGAAUUUAUUAAGAUGUAUGGUUUUGAUCAUAUUAUCAUUAUCGGAGAACUUGAUGCUGGGCUUCUUUUUCUGGAUUGUUACAGCCGUGUGUUCGAAUGGGACGACUCAAUGACCGGUGUUUUGUGGCCUCUUGGGGAUUAUUUGAAUGAGGCGCCAAAGGUAUCUCAUACUCACUGUGUAAUAUGGGAUUAUGAGUCCGAUGGGACUGUUGCCAAACUUGAAGUCGCUAAGGAUGGCGUAAAUAAUAAAGAUUUUUUACACGACAUUAAUGCUUCAUAUCUAAAUCAUAAAGACCAUUUCUACUAUGUAAUUCAAGCCCGUCACACUUCUUCUAAUAAGUGUAUUGGAUUAAAGGAUAAUGUCUGCGCAAUUAAGUCGAGCCCAGACACGGUGUCUAUGUGA